UGUGAGUGUUCGACCUAAAUAGUUCCGAGUGUUUCUUUACAACUAAUGCAGAUUCUCAUUUACUUCUUUUAAUUAGGAAACAUGAAUUAAUUAAAACAUCAAUUAACACACAUUGCUUCAUGACCCAACCUGCACACAAUUUAACACAUCGUAACACAGAAUCAUGGCCAUACUUGGUGCCCAAUUAGUUAUAACGUUGAUUAUGGUCAGCGUUAUUCAGAAGCUGAGCCCCCACUAUUCCUUUGCCAAGUGGAUACUCUGCCGGACCGGGCUAUUCCGUUAUCUACAUCCUACGGACGAUGAACUGCGCACCAAGGCUGGCGUGCCGAAAGAACGUGGUGGCAAGGGUAAACAUAAGCAUCAGAAUGGACUGAGCAACGGCAACUCCUCUCAGCAGUUUCAUAUACCACGCAGCAUCGAGAUCGAGCUAGAGACCUUGCCAGUUGUGGAACGUGAUGUCAUUCAUUUGCGCUACUUCACCGAAUACCAAUGGCUGUUGGACUUCAGCGUAUAUGCUGGCAUUGUGUAUGUCAUCUCAGAGCUCUUCCACUACUUCUAUCCACUCAAGCAGGAGAUCAAUCUAAGCAUGGUUUGGUGUCUCUUGGUCAUAUUUUUUGCCAUCAAACUACUUUCCUCCCUCACUGUGAUGUACUUCCAAAGUGAGGAAUCCAUAGGGGAGCGCUCCAUGGUGAUAGUCGCCUGUCUGGUCUACUUACUAAUUGCCAUGAUCGUUCUCAUCAUUGAUGAACGUAUCCUAGAAACAGGUCUAGAGGAUGCAUAUACAAGUUUCAAUGCCAGCGCAUCAAAGUUCCUCACCGAGCAGGGUCUGCCGUCAUCUGGACCAGCCUCGAAGAUUGUUGUUAAGUUCUUUGUCGCCUUGAGCUGCGGCAUUCUGGGCUCCCUGUUCACAUUUCCGGGCUUGCGAAUGGCCAAAAUGCAUUGGGAUUCCUUAAAAUAUUGUAGAGGCAAUCGCCUUCUACAAAUUACACUUAACGUGAGCUUUGUAUUGCCCUUCAUACUAGUCAUAUUGUGGAUAAGACCCAUCAGUCGAGACUACCUGACAGUGCGUGUCUUCGAAGGCAUGCAACAUCCACUACUCAAGCCUCAUGUUUUCGAAACGUUGCGCCUCCUGCUGGUCAUAUUUGUGGUUGUUAUGCGCUUUGCACUGAUGCCCAUCUAUUUGCAAUCGUAUCUCAACUUGGCCUAUGACAAAAUUGUCGAUCUUCGUAAGGAGGCUGGACGCAUCACCAAUGUCGAGUUUCAAAAGAAGAUAUCAUCAAUAUUCUACUAUCUGUGUGUUGUGACGCUGCAGUUUGCUGCGCCUUUAAUUCUGUGCCUCUAUUUGACGCUAAUGUACAAGAGCCUUGGCGGCUUUAGCUGGACGGGAAUCUUCAAGGAAUCGGUUGUCUUGCAGCACGAAUGUGCCGCUGAUGCGGAAUUGGCACCGAUUCCUGCUGCGAAGAAUGUUGAAACCGAAUUUAAUAUUAUGGAAUCUGCGCAGUCAUUACAGGCUUCAUUCGCUAGUUUGAAAAAUGUGUUCUCCACAGAAGUGUACAAAGGUUUUCUGGGCUUUGCCACAUGGUGGAGCUACUUCACGCUCUUUGCAACUUCAUCGUUGGGUAUUGUCUAUCAAUCAUAUUUCAACAAGACCUAAAUGGACGCACUAAACAAAAUUUUCUGUACCACCAAAACAAACUAUUUGCUAAUCUAGUAAUCAUCUC